UGAGCAUUUGUUUAUUCGGGUGGAGAAUCAAGAAUCAGUUUUUAUGGUGCGAAAAAUGACCCAUAUUCUUCAAAACACAUCCUAGCCCAUCUUGACAACAGAACCAGUGAAGUAUCUGUGAUAUGGGGUUGAUAUAUCUUUUAGGACUACAGUCUGCCAUAUUAAUUUAAGUUUCCUCUGUGUUCACGAAGCUGCUGUGCUGUGAAGGGAGUUGGUGUAUGCGCUCUGUACUUACGCAACACAGAGCUUCACUCGGUAACGGUUUCGCGAGGCAAGGACGAAAUUAAAGCAGGCAUUUUUUUGUAUUCCAUUUUUGUCUAAUCCCCGCUGAUUUCUGAAGGGAUUACCGGACCAAUCAUGAUUGAGAGGCCGCUGGCUCGCAUACACUGCCCGGACCGGGGGCUGUGUACACAGACAGAUAGGCCAAGGGGAAGAACAACACGAGGAGACGAAGAUUCAUUGAGAAAAUGUUAUUUCCAUUUUGAUAUCCGGGGGUGAAAGUUGUUCCGUUCUCUCGCUCGUGGUGCUGACUGAAUAAGCGCAGAUGCGCGCUGAUAUCUGCACGCAUAUGUUUCGCAAUGAACGGUAACUCUUUAUGCAGCUGCACCGGAAUUUAUGGGAAGCUUCUUAUGAUGGUCUACGCUGGAUUUGUGUGAUAAAGGAACACCGUCCGCACUGAAUAUCCAGGACCAGCCGAUGGAGGAAGAGAAGGCUGCUGACAACAUCCAAGCACAAUCCGGCUCUCCUGUUCCUUCAAGCCUUCCCAUUAACUGGGGGCUCAUCACUGGUCCUGUCCCUGAGCCUGUUUUCCCUGCACCUUCUUUGAACACCCAACUUCCUCCUUCACCUUCUGCUUCCCAGAGUUCAGCUGUGCACGCACUACAAAGCAAGGUGAAGUCGCUCACACAGAGAAGGACAAGAGGGAGAGAAAGAGAGCGGUUAGACACAGACGCUGCAGUGAGCAGUCCAGUCGGGCACAUCUCAUCCGAAGUCCUUCUCAGACCAAGGCCCAGAGGAAAGUGUCAGACAUCUCUGCCCGCCCCUUCCUGGCGAUCAGGUGCAGCAAAGGUUUUGAGCAGCAGCGAUGAAGAAGAGGAAGUGGAGGUGCAAGUCAAGUUGGAGAUCCACAGCCCUCCACCUGGGGCUAAAGGAGAGGAGCUGAUCCAGGGUGGGGAGGAAACAGAGGAAGAGAGGUCAGAAAGAAACGAGAGCCAAGUCAGUUUUCGGCCCUAUGGGCUCGGGGAGGGCACAAGCCUGGAGAGCCUCCUGUCUGAUAACUCAAGCAGCAGUAAAGAUGAGCCAUCUCCCCCUCCUCCUCCUCCUCUCUCCUCUUCUCCUGCAACCACCUCUGCUUCUGCAACAUCCUCCACUUCUUCUUCUUCCUCAUCAACCAGGCGCUGGGCACCACCCAAAGGCUUCUGGAGAGUUGCACGCCCUGAAACAUUGCUUCUAAAUGGUGUCUGCCCUAACAACUUACCCUCCACUAUACCUCUGAGGGACUAUACUCAGACAGAAGCACCGAUAGAGUCUAAACAAGAAGAUUCAGGAACCAGGAGCAAUGUUGGCAUUGCUGUGGAUGACUGUGUUGUUCCCCCAGAGUUUAAACACUCGGACAGUGUGGAGUGUUUCCUGGACAGGUGCGAGAAGAAAGAGACAGAAACCUUGGGACUGUGCAGCUCAGACAGCUGGGAGAGCAUGCCUUCACAAACUGUGGUUCUCUCUGCUGAGGAGAAACUAAAGGCGAAGCAGAGGGCUUAUGAAAAGUUAAGGGAAAGGAAACAAACUUGCAUGGUGGAGAGAGAGCAGAGUGGAGGAGAAGGUGCAGAGAAUUAUGAAGAUUCAACAUACAGCGUGGAAGGUGCAGCAGACAUAGGGCACCAUGGGAGUUCGGACAGCUCUGUCUCAGCCAUUCUUACUCAGGAACUUGAGCCCUAUUUGAGGUCACUUCUUAUAAUCAGCGAUGAGCUUCCCCUGAGCCCAAGACAUGAGCAAGCCAAGCGGCUCCUGGAGCGAGCCCGGCUGAAGGCUCGUUCCAAUCAUGUCAAAGGCGAUCGCCCCUUCAGACGCUCCCAUACUGAUCAGAGGUCUCCUGUAAAGAAGCAGCCAGUUGAACUUCCUAAUCCAACUGCAGUACAGAAACUUGUUCAAACCAAAGAAGACGUCACACCUCAAACUGUAACUGUUCCCCUUCUUGUCCCUAACCAAAGAGAGGCUUCUCCUGGUGACAAUGGUGUCCGAUCCAGACGGUAUGGUUGUUCACCAACACGGGUACGCUUUGAGGAUGAAUCUGAGAAAGAAGCAGAAUCUAGAUAUUUGGAUAGAAUGAGACAGCGAGGCAGGCCUGGGACACCCAAGUCCAAGAAUAAAGAAAGUAACACAGAUUCUAGCAGCAGUGGGUCAGAGAAGGGCAGAGGCCAGAGAAAUGUCUCCAUGCCUCCUUUGCAAAAGCCAGAAGAAGUAGGCACCAGUGUUGAACCCACAACAGUGAUUAAAGAGAUAAUAGUGCUGGUGAAGAAAUGUGAGGCAUGUGGCUCUGUAGUCAGGGAACCUCAGACAGUGCCAUCAUCCUUAGAUUCACAGAGGCCUGAACUUCAGCUUCAAGGCAACCCUGAGGACACUAGGGGGGGGAAAGCUGUCCCACACUGGAUGCAACCGAGCAAGCUAGAGGCGAGCACUCGUCCUAAAGCUCCUCUUACUGUCACUUUUGCUGGAGCGUAUGUGCUAGGGGAAAGCAAAGAGAGUAGCACAGGGUGGAAAUCCUCAGGGUUUGGGAAACUCAGGAGAAGAAGCAGAAAGGGAGAAAGCCGGGCAGAGUCCGGCAACGGCCCUUACGGCCAAUCUUGGGCACAGCGGCGUAAUUCAAAUCCAAGGAGCAGAGUGAACAUGAGCAGAGUGGUCUCCUUCGCCCCAGGUAGCCCCAUUGCUCUGGAGCCCCGUUUGCUCGAGGCAUCUGGUGGACUUCCUCCUGCCCCAUCACUGCCAAUAAAAUCUGCCCUGAAGUCGAGCUCCAGAAAUCGCUCCGCAGCAGGACAGACCACAGUUCAAUUCCAAAUUACCUCAGAUCAGGAAUGCGAGGGAGAGACCCAGCUUUCAGCCCUCUUAGACUCUCCAGAGACAAGAAGGGAGUCACUGAUGGCUUUAACCCAAGUGACCCCCACUACCAGCAGCCCUAUGCCCUGCAUAAGGCCCUCCACACUCAGGUACUCCCCGAUAAGGAUCACCACUGAUCUGCCAUCUGCUGAACUCUGGGAUGCAACUCCGGAUGGAUCAGGUACCGACUGUUUCUUUAGUCUACAGGUGACAUGCCCAUUUCACAUCAGUGCAACUGAAUAUGUCCAACUAAGAAUGUCUGGAACUGCUUCUCUUAACAUUGUUUUGAGUUUAUAUGUAAAAUAGCCCUGAAGUGAUACAUUAACUUGUGUGCAUUGUGCCUUUUAUCCGGAAAUUUAAUUUUCAGAAAAAAAAUAAGUGAACAUCACUAAAAAUAUACUACAAAACAGAAAAUGCUCUACUAAGCUAGACUAAAAUACAAACAAUGCAAAAUACUAGAACAGACAAUAAUAGAUAAUGGU